GGAGCGGUUGCGGGCUCUUCGCGCCCGCGCCGGCCGCGCGGGCGCGGGCGGGCGGCGGCGGUCGGCGCGGCGCACCGCGGGCGGGGGGCGACUCGAAUGGCUUGGCGCAGCGAGUGGGUCCAGGCCACAGCGGACGCAAAUGUCGCCGCAAAGGAGCGGGCGAUUCCCGUGCCGCUGGCCGACAAGAAUUGGGCGCAGAUACAAGCUGGGCAGGCUGCGGGGGGGCGCUCCAAGGUCGCGCGCGCCAAGCCCCCCCCCAGCCUGGACUGGCUGCGGGGCCCGCUGCCGCCGCUGCACAAGGACUUCUACCUCCGCCACCCCGAGCCGAUGCUGCAGUGCGAGGAGUACUCCUUUGGCAACCUGGAGAAGGCGCACCCCGUGAUCGGGAGGCGCACCGAGGAGGAGGUGGAGAAGUUCCGCCAAGAGCAUGGCAUCUGCGUCCUGUCGAUGCGCGGCCGGCCACCGCCGAAGCCCUUCCCAGAAGAUCCUUCUCCGAGACCUCGUUCCCCGACUUCGUCGAGCAGCUCGCGUACGAGCUCUUCACCGAGAGCGCGGCGCCGUUCCCCAUCCAGGCACAGGCGUGGCCCUGCGCCCUCUCCGGAGCGGACGUCAUCGCAGUGGCGCCCACUGGCAGCGGCAAGACGCUCGCGUUCCUGCUGCCCUCGCUGGUGCACGUCAUGGCGCAGCCGCCGCUGCAGAGGGGCGAGGGCCCCAUCGCCCUGGUCCUCGAGCCCACGCGGGAGCUCGCCGAGCAGACGCUGCAGGUGGCGAGGCGCUUCUGCGAGCGCACGGAGGGGGACGACACGCUGCGCGCGGGAGC